AUGCCCCAUUUCGACCACAUCCAGCCCACCCAGCAGCCCCCAUCGGUAGGGUUCGGGCAGUUGUCUCCCAUCCAGGCCCAGGCAGGGCUCUCCAGAGUCCAAGCCGUCCAAGGCUCCAAGCUGCUUAGGGAGAGUGGAGAAGGCCGAUUCCCUGCAGCUCGCGUGGUGCUCGCUCCUAUCGUCACCCUAUGCCUGCCUGCCUGCCUGCCUAUGCAGUGCGUUAUGCAGUAUGCAGCUCCCGCCGACGGGGCCACCGCGCUCCGUCAUUGGUCGCCUCUCCAAAACCCGUCCAGGGUGAGGAGGGAAGAGGAGGAGGAGCUGGAAUGGACUCAGACCGGACAGCAGAUCUCCGCCAAGACGGCAGGGCUGCACUACAGAGCGGGGACUGCCCAACAACAACGACCUCUUACCAACCAGCAGUCAGCUGGAGACUCAUUUGCGGAAAGUGUUGGUAUUCAGCUUGGGGCAACUGAUAAAACGGCCUGA